GCGAGCGGCGGCGGCGGAGAUCGAGGGGGAGAGCGCGCGCAGGGGGAAGGGGCAGGCUCUGCUCGCGGCGGCGCCGGCGCAGAAGCACCUGGAGGCCAUGUCGCUGGAAGGCCUUUGCGCCCUGACGGGCGCCUGCGCUCGCCUGCGCGCCCUCGGCGGCCCCGACGGCGCCGACGGCGCGGCCCUGGCCGCGGCGCUCGGGCGCGUGCAGCGGAGCGGCUUCCGCCUGGCGCCCGCCCACCUCGGCCACCUGCUGCACUCCUUCGGGCGGUGGCACCAGGCGUGCAGGCAGGCCAUGGAUGCCGCCACGGAGUCGUUAGUGUCGGACCUCUUCAGGUCGACGCUGCGCCCCGCCGUGCUGCGGACCGCGCCGGCCUUCGCGCGCCCGCAGCACGUGGCGUUCGCCGCCGCGGGGCUCGCGGGCGCGGGGUGCCGCGGCAGGGAGGAGCUGCUGCCGCUGGAGGCGCUGGCGGCCCUGCUGCUGGGUGCGCAGGUGGGGGGUCCUGCGCAGCCGCUGCACUGGGACAGGUUCUGCGGGCGCGACCUUGCCGUGCUCGCGGAGGCCUUCGGCGAAGCCGCCGCGGCUGGGCCGGGUGCUGACCCGUCGACGGAUGGCGGCGGUCCCGUGGCGGACCUGCUUGAGUCCAUGGCGUCCCACCUGCUGGGACCUGCCGCGGGCACCGCUGGCGACGCCGGCAGCGUGGGGGACGCGAACGUUGGGCGGCUCGGGGCCCUCGAAGCCUCGGCGGCAUGCCGGCUGGCGGGGGCGUUCUGCUGGGCGCCGCGCGGGGUGGAGAUCUGCCAGGCCGCCGCGGCGCGCGUGCUGGAAGAGCCGGUCGGGGGGCUCGCCUCCGCCAGCUUGGCACGGCUGCUGCGGGCCAUGGGCAGGUUGCAGCUGCGCCAGGGCGCGCUGUGCGGCGGGCUGCUGUGGCUGCUGCACCAGCGCCUCUGGGGCGUGUGGGGCGCCGCCCGGGCGGAGCUCGACGAGGGCGCAGCGGGCGCUGACGAGCUGCUGAUCCAGCGCCUGCGGGGAGAGCUCGACGUGCCGCUGGCCGCCGCCGCGCUCGUGGCCGCAGAGAGGCUGGGCUGCUUCGACGCCGCGGCGACGCAGGAGGAAGCCAGGCCAGUGCUGCAGGGCCUGCUUUGGGGAGCGCUUGCGCUGGCGCGCGGAGAGGCGGCCCGGGCGGGCGAGCGCGCCCCUGGCCGCCACCUGCAGAUGGCCUCCGUGCUGCGCUGCGUGGCGCUCGCGGCCGCCGAGGUGCCCCUGGGGCCCGAGUGGCAGCGGAGCGUGGCGGAGCACCUGGAGUUCGCCGUCGCGGUGCUCGAGGAGCGCGGGGCGCUGCCCCUGCGCGCCCAGGAGUGGUGUGGCCUCUCGCGCGCCCUCUGCCGCCUGGCGGUGGCCCAUCGCGGCGGCGAGUGCGAGGCGCCGCUGCGCCGCGCGGCGGCGCGGCUGUCGCUGCACGGGCCUGCCGAGGUCGACGGCGGCUCCUUCGGCGGCUCGGAGGCGGCCCUGGCGCUCGCCGGCCUCGCAGAGGCCGGGUUCGACGCGCGGGCCGCGGCGCCGACCGUGGCACGGGC